AAAAAAAGUCAGUAUUUUUGUAAAUUUCCUUCUAUUUUUAUUUAUAUUCAUAUUCGCAUUUUUAUUCUUAUUUUUAUUUUUUAUGUUUUCAUUCCCAAAUGAUUUUAUAUUCUGUUGGAGUUUUAUGGGUACCCUUCUUUUUAUUUUUUUGAAAAGAAAAAUGGAAUAAGUACACGCAUGAAAGAUGGGAACUAUAAUCCACUCUCCCUUAUUUUUGAAAAAUAAAAGCGUUUAUCUACAACAACCAGAUUAUACCUCUAAGUCAUUACAAAUAAUGUUCUUAAGAAUUGAGGAUACAUUUAUUGUUUUGCUCCUUCGAUACUUUACCAAUAUUGUGUUAAAUAUGCAGCUGAAUACAAUUUGUGUAUUUGUGUAAAGAUUGGAUAUCACAGACUCACAGUAUGUACUGUCUGCUGAGAACACGUUGUUGGCUGGUCUCAGAUAUGAAAGCUGUACCAUUGAAAACACGGUAAGAUAAUAACUUCCCAAGGAGAGAUGUAAACAAAUGUUGUGCAAACCAAGAAAUUGUAUUGAAUGCCAUUUAAUGAGGUAAAACUAAAACACAUUUCUGUCAGCCGUUUGAUCUUCAUCAGGUGGCCAUAAACAAUCAGUAGCACAGAAUUGCAGUGCAGAGCAGGCCAUAGAAUUUCAUUGACAUCUUUCUUAUCUUUCUUUAGUCUCUUUUGGUGUGUGUGUGUGUGUAAUCUUACGCACAAAAUAUAUCUAUAAAACAGCAAGCUUUCCACCCUACAAACCAGCGGAAAGGCUAAAAAUAAGUGAUAAAGGAAGACAUAUCAAGCAGGGGUGAUGAAGAAAAUGAUGUCUGCACCAAUUGUUGUGCUGCUGGUGUUGUGGCUGAUGAUGUCUCCAGCGCUGGCAUGUUCAUAUGAUGGUAGUCGAUGCAAAGACUGCAUUCUUAAGCAGAUGAGGUGUGGUUGCCCCUCGUGUGUUCCGGUGCUCCGCUGCAUGGCCAAGUGCUUGUGGGGGGGCAGCUCCAGGGCCAACUGCAUUCAGCGCUGUAACUGUGGCAGAAAUGGCAAUCCAAAACUCUCUGAUUGUAAGAAAUGCAUGUCCAAAUGCAAGUGUAGCUGCAUGUCUUAGAUGAGUAACUUCCCCAUUUCGUAUAUGUAUUUCUAAUGUUACUUUGGUAUCUGUAAUAUUGGAUCAUUUAGCUAUUUAUGAACCCCAAUUAAUUUCAAAUGAAUAAUUUAACUGGAAAUGUUCAUUCAUAACCAAAAGAUAGAUGUUGUGGAUUCAUUACUAUAUAAUUUCAACUUCAUAGAGUUACAGAAUUUUCAAAAACAAGUUAUAUACACUAAAAACAUUUUAUCACUUAUUUUGACCAAAAAAAUCACUUGUUAUGCACACCCUACAGCUUAAAUAUAUAUAUUAAUAAAAUUCAAGGGCAUUUAAGAUAAUUCCAAUUUUAAAAUAGGGAUGCUAAUUUCCAAAUUGAUCACAGGUCAGGCAACCUCGUACUUUCUUGUUGUUAUGGUUCUUUUAUAGUCCUGUCUUUAGCAAGGAUCUUCAUUGUGAAGUCCCUUAGUUGUUUUGCCACUGAAGAAGAUUCUCCUUAGUCUGCAUGAUUGUCUUGUUAUUAAUUUAUAGAUGGAGGGAUGAUCCCAUGCUACUAGAGAAAACUGGUCAGCAUAUUCGUCCACUCCUUCCACUAGCAACUGCCAAAUCAAGGCUCCAGCCCCUGCUUCCCUCUUCUUAGCAGAUUCAUAGACUCUAUC